UUGACAUAAAAAAAAAAAAGUAGAAUUAUUCCAGCAAUGGGGGCAUCAAAAGGCGAAGAAAAUACAAACCAAACAUAGAAGAGCGAUAACGUGUUUUGAAAAGUACAAACCCAAAAAUAAACCCUAAAACCAAAAACCAUUCACAACUCAAUUCAUCAUACUUGCCAUGGAAGUUGCUUGUCCAAUUCAAUUCAGGGUCCUAGAUCUGCCACAGUGUCCAAACCGUCGUUUCUAUCACUUUCACGAAGAGCCGAGAUUCUCCUCUUUUACAAUCUUGCGGUCUCAUAAAAGAGCUUCUUGUAAACAUCCAUUUUUCAGUACUUCACAUAUUACUUCUCAAAGCAGUUUGUUAGGCAACCCCAAGAAGCAAAGAAAUGUGUUGAGGGUGUCAUGUUUUCCUAAAGUGGAGUUCUUUGGACCUCGUUUCUGUAACAAAUUGAAUCUUCAAAAUAAACUCCCCAGGGAUGUGAUUGUAAGAUCUGAGAUUACUGCAGCGGGGUCUGCAGGAGACGGCUAUUCAUUACCAGAACUGAAAAUGGAAGCAAAAGUUAGGGGAGUUUGUUUUUAUGCUGUUACUUCAUUUGCUGCUAUAUUUCUUUUUAUGUUGAUGCUGGUUGGGCAUCCUUCCGUGCUCAUGUUUGAUCGUUACCAGAGAAAGUUCCAUUAUUUUGUUGCCAAAGUCUGGGCAACGUUGACCGUGACCCCAUUUUUCAAAAUUGAAUAUGAAGGGUUGGAGAAUCUUCCACCUCCGAAUACUCCCGCUGUUUAUGUUUCAAAUCAUCAGAGUUUUCUGGACAUAUAUACUCUUCUAACUCUUGGAAGAAGCUUUAAAUUCAUAAGCAAGACUGGGGUAUUCCUUUUUCCAGUAAUUGGGUGGGCAAUGUUUCUUUUGGGCGUUAUUCCUUUGAAGCGUAUGGACAGCCGAAGCCAGAUGGACUGUCUUAAACAGUGCAUCGAUCUGAUCAAGAAAGGAGCCUCUGUUUUUUUCUUUCCGGAGGGAACACGCUCUAAAGAUGGAAAAUUAGGUGCAUUCAAGGAUGUACAGAAGGGAGCUUUCAGCAUUGCUGCAAAGACUAAUGCACCCGUGGUACCUAUUACACUUAUUGGAACUGGCCAAAUCAUGCCAGCAGGAAGGGAGGGUAUGGUGAACUUAGGUUCCGUUAAAGUUGUUAUACAUAAACCUAUAGAUGGGAAAGAUGCUGACAUGUUAUGCAAAGAAGCUAGGAAUACAAUCGCAAGUGUGCUGAUUCAAGCCUGAAAAAUGUACUGCAAAGGAGUUCUGUAAAUUUCUAUUACAUGAAUAUAGACCCCUUGUGCCUUGAAAUGAAUUGGAAAGGGCAGUCAUGCGUCGCAUCAGCAGAACGAACUAUUUUGAUUCAUGUUGGAGCACCAGGUGUACUAUCUAUGACUGUGUUUGCAGCUCUUCAGGGGUCGAUGUUCUUUGUUCAAUCUUUGUUAGUCAAUCAUAUUGGUUCCUCCACGUUUUUCUUUCAGUUGGGUGGAUAGAGGAUGGAGGCUGUGAGGUUGUUCUUUGCCUAUGCUGCAUCAAAUGCUUGAUUAAACUAUGUAUCUAUUUACCCAUAUACCCUACGGAAGAAUUAAAUAAGAGUUAGAAUAUGCAAAUAAAACGGGGGUGGGUGUCAGCAAUGGAUGAUAUUGAUAUUUCAGUUUCCCGCCUUUGUGAGGAAACAUUACUUAUGAAGUCAUUUGCCGUUACCAAUAGUGUUAAAAUUGUUGCAACUAAUUUGUGUAUAAUCAACAGCUUAAUAAGAUUUGUAGUGUAUAUGCAGGCAGUUGUUUUUAGUUCUGGCAUGUGAAUGUCUCUUUUGCUAAA